GCCACACAUUCAGGCGGCUGCCCGGCGCGAACCGGUCGUUUGGCAGCACGCAACGCGGUGCAGCGCGGCCGGCGAAACGCGUGCGCACCAUGGAGGGCAAGGAAAACCGCACCCUCAGCCGCGAAGCGAAGGCUGAGGGCCGCGUCGACGCCAAACCACCAAAAAAGCCCGGUGGCUUCUCCUUCGCGAAGCUCGGCCAGAAAAGGCGAGAAAACCUGGUCGCGCAGGGCCUCGUGCCGGCGGACGUGCCCGUCGAAACGUUUAUUCGGGCGGGCGGCGCCGUCGAAAAAAGAGUCGUGCAGCCGCCGCCGUCGCCGGAGCCCGCCGCUCUACUAAGGGCGCGCGCGGCCCUCGCCGCGGACGGCUCACAAAAUGUGCGGAACGCCGACGUGCGCAAGGAGGCCGCGCGGCAGCGGUUGCGGCGGACGCAGUCAUUAAGAGUGGUGUGUCGUGUUUUGAAUGCCUGCGCGACGCGCUUGAUGUCAAGGCAGCUCGAACGGGGAUUUCGGGGCCUCUACGUGCUGUUUCUGAAUAGACGCGCGGUGUUCACGAGGGCCGCGCUCGACGCGGCACACGCUACUGGAAGGGAGAGCGAAGCUAGAGCCGCGGCCGCGCGUGACAAGGCGGCCGCGGCGGAGGCCCGCGCGCUGGAAGCGGAGGAGGCCCGGGCCGCGAGUGACCAGAAAGUCGUGGAGGCGGAACAACGGGCCCGAGCCGCGGAGGAGGCUCGGAAAGGAGCCGACGAGCGCGCGGCCGCGGCCGAAGCGAAAACGAAUGUAGCCGAGGCGCGUUUGUUAGAAGCGCUGCGGACGGCGACGGAGGCGAACGAGCGCUGCGCCGCGGCCGAGCGCCGGGCCGCGGCGGCCGAGGGCCGCGCGCGCGUCGCGCAGCAGCUCGCCGACGCCGCCGAGGCGAAGCCCUCUGUGUCAGAGACGGCGACGUCGCCGAUCCCGGAGGUCCGGGCCUCGCUACGACAAUCGCUGGCCGAGCUCCGAGGCGAAGCUUCCUCGGUGAAAGGUCGGAAGACGCCGCCGUCAUCGCGCCGCCCAACUCCCAAGAAGUCGACGCCGAAGAGGCCGUCACCGGCGCCCAAGAAGGCGACGCCAAAAAUCGUGACGGAGGCGCGCGCGCCCGAGGUUGCGCCCGCGGCGCCGCCCGUGGCGCCGCCCACGACUCCCCACGCGCGCCCGCCGCCGGAGCUGCGCGACGACCUGGCGGCCCAGUACCGGGCGCUCCUCGCGUCGAACGGCUGCCCCGCGCCGGCGCCGCGCGACGCGACCGCCGACGAGCUCUGGGGUUUGUUGGACCAGGAGCGCCGCCGCGACGGCGGGGCACCGCUGUCGCCGCCGGCGCCGCCCGUUGCGCGGGGGGCGCCGGCCUCGCGGACGCCGCCGACGUCGCCCUACGCCGAACAACAAAAAUCGCCCUACGACUCGUCGCCGUCGCCGCGCCGCGAGAAGAAGCGAUCGCCGCGCCGGCGCCACCGGUCGCGGUCGCCCGAGGAUGCCAGUAGAGAGAUCGACGACGUCCUCGCGUCGAUCCGCGACGACAAGCGGUUGACGGCGAUCCGCGCGGCGUUAGCCGCGGCGAAGCGCGACAUCGCCCGGUCGAACGAGCAGACGAAAACCGAAACGGCGCUCGAUGAUCAACAAAGGGAGCUCGAGGACGUGCGAAAGGAGGCCGCGGCCGUCGCCGCGGAGCGAAAAACAAGGGAAGAGGACCUCGAGAAGCGCGUCGAGCGCGAGUUGAAGCGCGUCGAGCGCGAGCGCGCGCGCCUGAAGCGCCUCAAGAAGCACCAGCAGCGCAACGCGUUCGGGACGAUCGGCUACGAGGACGGGCCUGGGUCUCCCCCUCCGUCCCCUCGACCCGCGCGGCGGGUCCCGCGGCCGCGGUCCGCGUCCCAGAACCGGGCGCGGUCGAGCGAGCGCGGAUCCUUCCACGCCGCGCGGAAGAUCUUCUCCGGCGCGUCGGCGCGUGUGGCGCCGGCGCGAGCAAAACGGCCGAAGUCGGCGCCGCUCGGGGGCCGGCGUGCUGCUUCGGGAGAGGUGCGGCAGCCGCGGUGGAACUAA